AUGGAGACGGCAAAGCAAGAAGGCUCAGUGUUCAACAGCUCCAAGUGCACAAUCAAGAAAGAAGCUAUCAACUUCUUUGGCUCCAAGUGCACUAGAUCAGAUAUCUACUCAGAUCCUAGCAAGUAUUGGUCGUAUAGAGAUAACAUCGGAUUAUCACAUGGAAUACUCUUCACGGGAAGUCAAGUCAUCGUACCGAAGUCACUGAGGAAUGAUAUUCUUGGACAGCUUCACCUAGGACACAUGGGAAUCGAAAUUUAUCUAUGUGAUAGCAACCCUUGUCGCAACGGAGCAACCUGUAAGGAGGAACGUAGUGGCUUUACUUGCCAAUGCCCUUUUGGAUUUACAGGUGUUAUUUGUGAAGGAAGAGUACCCAUCGCUCCCCCUGCUGCUCCUACCACUAAUACCACAUCUACCACUACUCUUGUCACUUCUCCUUAUAACUCGGCUACCACUUAUAGUGAAAAUCAGAGUGACUCAAGUGAAGACACGACACGAGUGAGCUCUACAAGCAAAUUACGUACAAGAAUGGAACAUAAUUCAACUUUUGCUGGAGAACAUACAGCUAUUACUCCUACUGCUGCUACUAAUAACACCACAACAACUACUUCCACUGGUGUCACCUCUCCUAAUACCUCGGCUCCAAUUGUUAGUGAUAAUGAUGAUCAGAGUGAUGUAAGGGAGGACACAACUUUAAUGAGCUCUACAGCGAACAUGGGUGGUUUGUAUUUGGAAUGGAACGUCUCUGUAAUGACUCCAUCAGCAGUCCAGUUUGAAUGCGUGUGCACAGCUAAUUACUCGAGACAAGAUGGAAGCAACUAUCCAAACUUUGUUCGAGAUGUACAUCUAUGUUCGGGAGACCAAAUCAACUUUGGAUCCGCUUUCGACUCUUUGAUCCUUCAAUCUGGAUGUGUGUGUCCUGAUGCAUUGUUUAUAGAAUCACACUGCGACCCAGCUUCUGCAUACCAGAUAAAAGUGAAGGCAAUCACCACAGAUCAUCAUUUUAUACUAGUCGGUACGACUAACUUCACCACCAUGGAUACUGAUGAAAUGAUGACACUCACAGAAGGUACACACGCUCAUGAUGGACAAGGCGACCUUUGUGUAAUGAAUGUUUCAUCGAGUAUAAAAGUGAUUACAAGCAAUAAUAUAUCUGAAUGUGAAUGCCGUCAAGUCACUCAUCAAUACUCAUGUGGAAAUAUAAUACAAAACGUGUGCGCAGAUGGUCCUCAAAAUGGUUAUCAUGUUGAAAGUAUUCGGUCCGAAACUACCUACCUCUUGAAUCAUAUCGUGUGUGAAUGCAGGUCUCCGAUCGUAGAAUACUGCAACGUGCUAGAAGACAUGGCUGAAGAUCCGUGCAAGAGAAACCCUUGUCUAAAUGGAGGCUCUUGCUCGGAUAUCAAUUGGUGUAAAUGCUAUGGAGACGACUGCAACGUUAAUCCAACCGGCCAAUCAACAAUAACAAAAGCUAUGUCUGGGAAUCUCACCAAUACUACAGCUAUAGACACUACCAAGGCAUAUGUGCAUCUUGCCCCUACAUCUUCUUCAAACAAUGCAGUAAACAUGGCAAUCAUUAGCAGUGCGACUGGAUCGCUUUCGAUAAUGUGUGGAAUCUUAGUCCUUUGUCUCCACUUGUACUUCAAAAGAAGGCGUAGGCAAGACGAUAGACGUGCUGAAAAUAAGAUCAUCGAAAGAAUGUCUUCAGCUCACUUCGAAAACCCAGCUUACCAAAUCGACAAGGCGGCAGGAGACAUCGUGCCUCCUCCCAUACGCCCGCGUCCAAUUACAUCUCUGCCCGUUGGCAGUGGAGAUUUAGACAGUAUAUACACGGAGUAUAUCUAUGUCGAUCAGGCCACUCCAUCACCAUCCGAAAGGGGUUCGACUGCAAAGGAUCUACUCGGUAACGGAGAAUACAUUUAUGUCGUGGAACCGUUUGCCCAAACGCAUUGUGGCUCGGAUGAAGGACCGCUCUGGCCGCUUCCAACUGCCCCGCCGCCACCCGCAGGAGAGUAUAUCUACUUUGACCAGUGUACUUCUCCCAAGACGAGAUCUGGGACCGGAAAUCGCUACGUGCUUGACCCAACGGAUAAGAAUUGUCCUGGAAAGGGCGAAGCACCGAGCGCUCCUUCCAAGCUUGGCUCUCAGAUGGAGCCGGAGCUGCCUCGCCCAAACAUCCAACCUUCCCCUCUGAAAGCAUCAGCAGAAUUAUCUAACAUGUCUGCGGGAUCUGAUGAUGUUGACAGUGGAAAUGAAUGCAUAUACGAAGAGUUGCCAGAAAUGAGUGAAGAUGAGAUUGUAGUUAUUAGGACAUGCCCUUCUAUGUCGGUUGGUUCAGUUAAUGCUGAUGUCGAUGGUGACUUGUACUUGCUGCCAUGUGUUUGAGAAAGAACAGUCACACAGCAAAAACGUGAUGUUCACUGGUGUAGAUAAAGUUCUAAGAAGAGACAUGUCUGAACCUCCCCCCCCCCCCGGCAGCCACUUUGGUUAGACCUACCUGUACAGAAGUGUAUCCUCUUUAAAAUCAUUUACAUCAUUACAUUUAAAAGCAUCCAAGGAAAGUCCCCUGCAAACAUCGCGAGAAUGAUCAACCCCUAAAAACAUUUUCGGUCAUCCCACAAGAAUAUUUUAGUCAUACCCAAAGCAACCUCUCUUACACAUGGUGAAAGGGCCUUCUCUUAGGGUUUCAUGACAUUUGCUCCGGCGACAAUUGCUCACAUUAAUCAAAUGACCAACUUCGACCCUGGAUUUAACACUUUACCCUAUCCUAAACCGAACAUAAAACCCUGUUGUAACCCUAAACCAAACCCUAUAUCUUAGACGAAAUAAAGCCCGGAGCAAUUGUCGCCAGAGCGAAUGUUGUGUCCCCUUUUCAGUUGUGGUUCAUACACUCUAGAACUCACUUCCCCUUGGCUUAAAGAUCCCAUUCCUCAGUUCAUUUUAAGUAGCACUUAAGACAUACAUGUAUCUCUUGCAUCAGUAAGCAAUGAAAUCAUUUUCCCAUUUAAUUGGUCUGUAGUUUCGUUGUUAACAAUGUUAUCUAAGGUAGUUGAAGGUCAAAUCCACCUCACAAAAAUGUUGAUUUGAAUAGAGAAAAAUCAAACUAGCAUGACGCUUAAAAUUUCUUCAAAAUCGGAUGUAAAAUAAGAAAGUUGUGGCAUUAAAGUUUCGCUUAUUUUUCACAAAACAAUUAUAUGCACAACUCAAUGACAUGCAAAUGAGUCAGUCGAUGAAGUCCAUCACUCACUUUUUCUUGUGUUUUUUAUUGUUUGAAUAGUACAAUAAUAUCUCUUUUUAAACAUAUUUGACAAUAAGGGCCCGCAGUCGACUGAACCAUAUACUAUUAAAGUAAUUCUAAUUCCACAUGUUCAGAGAUGAGUUAAUCUUUGUUUCGUUUGACAAUGAGGAGAAAAUCAGAAUAUUUCAUAUUUCAUUUAAUGAAAUACAAAAGAAAUAGGGAGUAAAAAUGACGUCAUCAGUCUCCCAUUUGCAUACCGACCAGGAUGUGCAUAUAACUGUUUUGUGAAAUUGAGCAUAACUUUAAAAUGUCAAAUUUUUUUCUUACAUCCGAUUUUGAUGAAAUCUUCAGUGUUAACGCUUGUUGGAUUUUUCACUUUUUUAUUCAUCAGAACUUUUCGUUGGGAUGGACUUGUCCUUUAAGUUAAAAUUAUUGAGUUGAGUUUAGUACAUGUAGUUAGGUUGUGUUAUGUUAAGUUCUAAGAGAAACUUAAAUGUGCACUAUAUAAAUACUGAAUUAUUGAUAUAUAUAAUACCACCUUGGAUUAUCUAACACUCUUUGAUGUAAUGUUCAAAGUCGAUAGUGUAAUUUUAGCACCUUGAGGGUUAUAUUCUCGUGACGCCAUCUGGGGCCUGUUGCAUAAAACUUUUUCCCUGAGAAAACUCCGGUAAAAACUGAAAACUAAGGUUAGUCUGAUUUCUGCCAUUGACUUUAAUACAGGGCAAAAACUCUAGUAAAAAAUACCUGAGUUUUCUCAGGUAAAAGUUUUAUGCAACAGGCCCCUGGUGUCAGUUUUAACAGCCAAGUAUCAUUCAUACCCCCCCCCCCUUAGGGUUAAUUUCCUUUACUUACAAUACUAAUCUCCCAUUCCCUUCUCUUCCCCACUUCCUUCUCCAUUUCCUUUCUAUCCUCCUCCCUUUCCGUUCUUUCUUACAUGUACAUCAUUUCCUCAUUCUUUCCUCUCUUUUGCAUUCUUCAGAUCUUUCUCUCUUUUCCCCUUUUUUCUGUUCCCUUGUUCUUACCCCUCCUCCUGUUUUGGCCAAGGCCCUCUCUGCUCUCCAAGCCUGUCAUCGGGCUCUCCUUUACCUACCCUGAUAGCCCCGCCCCAGGGGCAUAAUGAGCCAACAUCUUGAGGUCAUGGUACAAAAUGGCUUUUUAGGCAAACAUUCAAUUAUGUUGCAAGCGAGCUAGUGAAAAUUCUGACCUUUUUAAAUGAGGAUCUAUUUUUUUAACAGAUUCAGUGAUAACAUUCAGAAACGCAUUUAUUUCACCUUUUCUUUUUUGUGAUAACUAUUUAGGAUCAAGUGCCCUACAACCCCCUUCAACCCUCAUCUUUGCGUAAUACCUUUAUCUCUCUCUCUCACUUCUUUUUCUCCCUCUCUCUUUCAAUUACAAAACUCCUGUAGAUCAAGCACAAAACACAAUCUUAUUAUUUUGCCAAGGCAUUCAAAAGCUUUAAUUUAUAUGGCACAAAAAUAGGAAAUAAAUGUUUGAAAUCAAGGAAAAUUAGACAACAGAUGAAAAACAUUAAAAAGAUCAUUGAUAAAUUUCUCCUAUUCCACAAAAUGGGGAUGUUUAGCAGACAUGACUUUAUUGCAGUUCUACAACAUGGAACUUUGAACCUCGAUAUGCAAAAACACAUAAAUAGACACAAAUACUAAUAUGUAUAAUUAUGACUGCAUCUCUAAUAUUCCACCUACAUGUACAUACAGCUGGAGUAAAACGUUAACAUACACCCAGGCAAUUCACACAACCCCAUUUCCUUACCAAAAUGGUAAAAUCUUGAGAAACAUUGUUUACGGCUAUUUUGAUUGAUAGCAAUUUUGUUAUAAUACAAUAAAUAUUGUUGAUAUAAAAAAUUUGGCUAAUGGACAAUUUGUAUGGAAUUGCCUAGGUGUAUGUAAAAUUUUCAGCUGUAUUGGUCACUCAGUGAACCAACCAAAAAAA